AUGAGCUUCUUGUUGAUAUCUACCUGUGGACCGCAUGGAAGGAGUAAAGAGAAGGUUGAAUUAGAGAGCAGCAGCCCAGCUUCCAGUGAAAAGGGAGAGAAGGCGACUCUGGAAUAUGAUAAGGAACUUGAAGCGUUAUGUGAGGAGCUGCAGGUCACCUUGGAUGGCUUGACUAAAAUACAAACGAAAAUGGAAAAGCUGUCUUCAACCACCAAGGGAAUUUGUGAACUAGAAAAUUACCAUUACAGGGAAGAAAGUAACAGGCCCCUUCUAUUUCACACAUGGCCCACGGCCUUCUUUUAUGAGGUCUCCUACCAGCUCUCCAGUGCAUACAAGAAGGAGCUCCUCCUGAAGCACACCAUUGGUGCUGAGCUGGCCCACACUGCUGACCACAACCUCAUCCUGACUUACCUGUCCAUGUGGCUCCACCAGCCAUACAUAGAGAGCGACAGCAAGCUGCAGCUGGAGAGCAUGCUCCUGGAAACAGGGCACCGGGCCCUGUAACUGCCAGUCAGCUUGCCUGUGACCACAGCCUCAGGGCUCAGACCACUGGCUGGACAGUCACUUGGGUGGGAACUGUUGGGCCCGAGGCAGCCACUGCACCUCUCCAGACACAGAGCACUCGUGCAGCUGUCCUCCCCUUUUACCCUGUCCCAGACUGUCAUGUGACCACCACAGAGUAAAAUA